GGUAGGCAUUUUGUCCCUAACCCCGUUUUUAUUCUCUCUCUCUCUCUCUCUCUCUCUCUCUCUCUCCGCGUCUUCCUCCUCAAGCUCAAGAAUUUCCUCUCCCAAUCAAAUUCCACUCAGAAAACUACACAAAGCUCCAAAACUUCUCAGCGUUUCCAGCUCUUAGCCCUCUCGAUCUGCUUUCAGUUCUCCCUCAAUGUCUUUGCUGAGCUGGAAAUGAGGUGACGGAAAUGGUGAAAAAGGAAAGUGUAGAAUGAGCGAAGCUGAGGUAUCCACAAUGGGGCAGGAACAACAGCCUGUGCCACUCGGGACUUUGAUUGGUCGCCAGUUGAGAAACGAGAAGGUGGAGAAGCCCACGCUGAAAUACGGGCAAGCUGCUCUGGCCAAGAAAGGAGAGGACUACUUUUUGAUCAAGCCGGAAUUUCACAGAGUUCCGGGUAACCCGUCCACGUCCUUUUCAGUUUUUGCGAUUUUUGAUGGACAUAAUGGUAUAUCAGCUGCUAUCUUUGCUAAGGAGAAUCUGCUGAACAAUGUUCUUAGUGCUAUUCCUGAUCAGUCACUUGGUAGAGAAGAGUGGCUUCAAGCCCUUCCGAGAGCGUUAGUAGCAGGGUUUGUGAAAACCGACAUUGAGUUUCAGCAGCGAGGUGAAACUUCUGGAACAACAGUUACAUUUGUUGUGAUUGAUGGCUGGACUGUGACGGUUGCAUCUGUUGGAGAUUCUCGGUGCAUAUUGGACGCACAAGGUGGGGUUGUCUCACUCUUGACAGUCGACCAUCGGCUGGAAGAGAAUGUUGAGGAACGUGAGCGUGUAACUGCUAGUGGUGGGGAAGUAGGGAGGCUCAAUCUUUGUGGAGGAAGCGAGGUUGGUCCACUACGUUGCUGGCCUGGUGGAUUAUGUCUUUCUAGGUCCAUUGGUGAUACUGACGUUGGCGAGUAUAUUGUCCCGGUUCCUCAUGUGAAGCAAGUCAAGCUUUCAAAUGCUGGAGGAAGGCUCAUAAUAGCCUCCGAUGGUAUAUGGGAUGCUUUGUCAUCAGAUAUGGCCGCUCAAUCUUGCCGGGGGUUACCUGCUGAUCUUGCUGCAAAGUUGGUUGUCAAGGAGGCUCUUAGGUCACGAGGUUUGAAGGAUGAUACGACCUGCUUGGUUGUUGAUAUUAUUCCUUAUGAGCAUCUUGUUUUGCCCCCAACGCCCAAAAAGAAGCAAAACUUGUUGAGUUCACUUAUCUUUGGGAAAAGGUAUCGCAACUCUUCCAAAGGAACUAAUAGGCUAUCUGCAGUUGGAGUUGUGGAGGAAUUAUUUGAGGAGGGUUCUGCAAUGCUUGCUGAGAGGCUGGGUAAGGAGUUCCCUCUAGACUCAAAUUGUGGGCUAUUUAGAUGUGCAAUCUGCCAAGUGAAUCAGCCGGCUGGGGAGGGUUUAUCGGUGAACUCAGGCCUGUUUUUCUCACCUGCAUCAAAGCCGUGGGAAGGUCCUUUCCUCUGCGCAAAUUGUCGUAGGAAGAAAGAUGCUAUGGAAGGGAAAAACCCAACUAGACUGCAUAAUCUAGUAAACUAGAUAGUAAAUAUAUGUAUACUUGUUUUAUGUGUGUGAGCGCGCUUGAUUUUCGUCUCUGUAGUGAUAUUGAUAGGUGUGUGUGUGAAGUAAUUUAGUUUAGGGAGUAAUAUUUUUUGUUGUGGUGUUUCGUAUCUGUAUCAAACCCCCCAAAACAUGCUACUAAUAUAUUAGCAUCACAGGUUGAGUAUUGUAAUUAAAGGAUGAUUCAUGUAUAUUUCACCACUCUCUCUCUCUCUAACCUAUGGAUUUUAUUGAUCGCU